UAGGGAAAAGGCAGUUGCAUAUGUGCAUUCAGGAGCUGCAAGCUUGACUUUCAAGCUUGGUCACUACCCCUUCCCCAGCUUCAAGUGGAACUAUGAGCACGUGGCAGCACAUUUUUGCAGUGAAGAUGGAAGAAAUGAACAUAACAGAUCCGUGGACACUUCUGGAGGAUGAUGCCCUGCAGGUGCAAGCCUGCAGGCCUGGCUGGAAGGAGUUUGUGCAGCGCCGUGCUCUUGGGAAGUUUCACUGCUCCCAGUGCUUUUAUAACUGGUCUUCCGCCAAAGUGCACAUCCUGUUCCACAUGUGCCACUGCCAAGGCUGUGGCACAGUAUCGAUGCGAAUCUUUCGCCAGAAAUGCAGGCGCUGCCCUAACUCCCGGCUGGAGGAUCCUGAGUUCAGCCUGGACACUGUGGAGACAAUUCUGCACAACCUGGUGAUAAAGAUCCUCCAGUAUUUCUACAAGAAGCCUGUCCAGCCCUCUGACCUCCUGGAAGUCGUGGUGGAUACACCAGUGAUGGGCCCACACGACCGUGCCCACUGCGAGGCCUGUGAGCUCGGCAUUUGCAACAGGUCACAGAGAGCCCCGGCACUGGAUGCCUGGAAGCCCUUGAUGGAUGAGGACAAGGCCAGGAUGCACAGCAUCGAGUCAGGGCUGGCCUGGCCAUCAGAUGUCUGGAAGUCCUUAAAAAAUAAGGCGGAGGCCGGAACCGAUUGCACGGAAUCACGGUCAUCCCUGGGAUCAGAUGACUGCAAGCCCUUGAUUGGUGUGGGCAAGGCCAGGACCCAUCACACUAAGUUGCAGUCAGCCCCAGCACGGGUUGCCUGGAAUACAAAUGUGUCCAGGACCUCUCAGACCCCAAAACACCAGGGCUUAAGGCCCCAUGAAGCCCCGAUCCACCACCCCUCACCCUCCAACAGCAACUUCCCCUGGAAACGGUGUUGCUGCAUCGGCAGCUCUUUGCUCUGUGUUUUGGCACUGAUAAUCUUCAUUGUGCUUUAUUUUCCCAUUCUGUAGAAGGACCUGGGGAUCACAAAGAGGAGUGGGGAGAUGGCCAGGGAAGCUGAUGAACUGCCUGGAAAAUUGGGUACCCAAGAUCAGCCCUGGCUCUUGGCUCAGCAAACUCCCCAGCUCCUGGUGGCAUGGCAACACAUUGGGAUGCCUCAACCAGGCACCUUGUCCCACAGUCUCUGGAAGACUGAUGGGUCUGAUGGAUUCUUAUGGGACAUAUUCUAUAUGAGGAUGAAUCUCCCAGGUACCCCAUGCACAGGAUUAGGUUUAUUGCUUGCAAGAAUAAAGCAAUCCCCUUCUCUUCAGCCCAAGAAUGCAUUUGUGCUUUUUAAUUUCUCAAAAGCUUUUUCUAGGUGUGUGUGGGCAUCUCGAAGGGAAGCUCGGGGCUGUUUUUAUCUCACAGCAGAGCUCUGCUUACAGGGAGGCACAUGCCCAGUAUGUCCUGCCUUUGGCCAGCUGUCUGGGUACCCUGCAGAGGGGGCAAAGGGUGCCAAACUUGGCAAGUGCAAGAAGGCUGUGGCAGCAAGUCCAAAGUUCAUGCCCCAAUUAUGCGGAAAUUGCAAAUAUUGGGCUACAGGGUCCGGGCAAAGGCGAAGAUGCAGACUCUUGCCUUCUGCUACUUCACCCUGCAGGGCUUUAGGGACCUGGUGGGUGUCAUAAAGUUGGGAGGAAACAUGCUGUCCCCAUGCAGCCUAACAU